AAUUACCUAUUGACUUUUUUUAUUUUAGGGAGUUUAUAUAAAAAAAUGGGUGACAGUACUUCGGACGAAUUAUCACGCGAGCUUACUGGUAUAAGCAUGACAUCUAAAAGCAGUGCCCGAUCUACCACAAGUAAAUCGAGCGGUGAUUAUUCUGAUGAAUUUGAUAGUGAUGAUGAUGAGAAAGAUAAAAGCAUGCACCAAACUUCAACAUCCAAGUUGUCAUCGAGUGACGAUACAGAUGAAACCACUCGAGAAAACACUAUGGUUUCUGAUGUGGAGUCAUCAAAAAUUGUCGACGACGAUGAGAAACCGUCAAUUAAUAACAUGGAUACAACGCAAUCGGACAGGGAUACAUCUAAAGAAAACACAUCCGUGCCAGAUAGGAAAACAGAAGAAGAAGCCAUUCUCUCUCGCGAAAGCACUGUCCACUCUGAAAAAAAAGUUGCGGAAUCCACCGAAGACGAAAGUGCUGAUUUAUCAGGGAAAUACACUACAGAGAGUGAUGAUAGAAAUGACGAGGAUACAACACCUGCUGCAACGAGAGAGACUACAUCGGUAUCCGAAACAAAAUCUUCGGAAGACACAACUAGCAGUGAUGAAAAUGAUAAAAACAACAGCAGUACUUAUGAGGACGAUUUUGAUGAUGAUGAUGACGGUCACCAAGGUGACGAGGCUGAUGAUAACGGUCCCCAAGGUGAUGACGGUGAUAAUGACGAAGGAGGUCAGAAAGAAGGGCAAGAUGAUGACAAAAAGGAUGCUAAGAAAUUAGAAAAAGAAAACAGUGUGCUCAUAGAAAAAGAUGGGAAAUUUGAAUUAGUUGAUCCAGACGAAGUUAAAGCGGAGUAUUACGAUAUGUUAGGUUUACCUGUGUCUGAUAAGAAGCAACCGAGUAAAAAAGGGAGUAGUACCGGAAAAAAUGCGAAGAAGUCACCGAACAGACCUAGUCGUGUCAGCACAAGUAAUGCUGCUUAUUUGCAUGUUCAAUCAGAGUAUGGCAUGAGUGAACAACAGAAAGAAAUGAAGAAGAAAAGAAUCUCUAUUGUUCAUAUGCGCAAGCAAGAAGAAAAAGAAAGGUUAAGACAAGAGGAAGAAGAAAAAAGGAUUGCCGCUGAAAAAUCUUUUAGGAAAUGGAUAUCUGAAAAAUCCGAGCUAGCAAAAGAGCAUCAAAAGCUGAAGAAGGCAGCAGAAGACGAUAAUCAAAGCGCUGAAAAAAAGAAAGCGGCCGAGAAGGCUUUCGCGCAGUGGCUGGAAGAUAAAGAUGCUCGCAUGAAAAACGAAAAGAAAAUGGAGAAACUACGAUUGCAAGACGAAGCUCAGUCGUAUGUUGUGCGCGAUCGAAAGAUGUGCGAAAAAGCAUUUAAAGAGUGGUUGCGAAAGAAGAAAAUCGAGAGAGAAAUGAAAGCAGCUUACGUUCGACCUGCGCGAAGAAAGUCGGCUGCACCCAGAAAAAAGAAGUAUACCGAAUAUGAAACUCCAGAUGAAGAAAAGAAAAAGGAUAAAAGAAGAGCUAAGUCUUCGACUGUGAGAUAUUCUGAACAAAACGGUUAUCGACAUCCAUCGUCAAUAGAUGAUUUUGUAGCUCGAAAAUGGUAGUACGUAUAUCUAACGAGUCACCUUGUUAGUUCGACGAGAGGAGGCGAAUGGGAACAAAAGCAGAACGACGCAACAACGAUUUUAAAAAUCUUAAGAAAUACCCCUUUUUCCUCCUUCUUAAAAAUUACUCAAAUUCUCUUUGCGUUUUUGGCAAUGGAUUGAAUUUGUAACUCAGCCACGAAUUAAAAUUCAGAGGAGGCUUGGAUCUUCCUUGUUAAGUUUCUUAGUAAAUUUCUGGACAGAAUAUAUAUGGAUGUAGAAAUUCCUAGCUGAUUGGACGAUCUCAAAACAUUUAUUGAAUACAUUUUUUCGUAGCAACGAUCUUUGUGAUGAUUCGGUUAUUCUAACUUAACAAGGUGAAAUGUUCAUGCAUAUAUAUAUAUAUAUAUUUUAAUCCAAAUAUCGUAUAUUUUUUAUUUUAUUUUGAUCAAACUUAAUAUAAAUAAUAUUUUCAGCAUACGUCAGCAUUUUUAACACGUAAGAGGUUAAAAUGUAUUUUUUUGAAAUAGCUUGUUAUUGACUGUACUAUUUUUUUCGAACUGUUUUGAUUUUUUAACACUUGUUUUAAUACAACCCAAUUGCGUGUGAAGCUUGUGCAGCAAUGAUGUUGUGGGUUUUUAAUGUUUUAUUUAUUGUGAUUUUAUGUAUAUAGAAUAUAUAGAAUUGAUAUUUGUAUAUAAUUUUGUUUAUGCCAUUUUAAGAAUAACCCUUAACUAUCAAAAUAUAUCACAAACAAAAUAUGGGGAGUUCAUUGUCAAAUAACCAAUUUACAACAUUUCAAGCCGCAGUGAGCAAAGAAAAAAAGAAAAAAACUAAAAAAAGGGGGAGUUUGAAGACAGUAAAAACUUCCGAGGCGCUAAUUAGAUUGAUUUCAGUUUGCGUACAAACAUAACUGAGCAAGUAAACACGCGGUUUUAAUCUUUUCAACAAGCAAUGACUGAGCAUCAAAAAUCUGUGCUGUUUAUAAAAAAAAGCUUUUCUUAACUUUUCCUAACACACUUAGACCCCAGUCCCCUAGGAUUUUUUGAGGCGUUAGACAACUAACAAACAGUAAUAUCACACCAGGGGUUGUUUUACCCUGUAUUAAGUGUCCGUUUUACAUUUAUUCACUUUUCUUAAGGCUUUAAUUUUAUAAAAAUUAAUAUAUGAAGGAUUUUAUUUUCUUAAUUUGUUACAACUUUUUAUUUAUGUUGAAAAAUAAACGAUAAACGA